UAGCACCACCUGGGCAUCGACUCUUCUCUUCUUGCUGCUAUAAAUCAAAAUGGCCGUUCAUGCUGCGCUUGUUAUUAAGAUGCACAGACGACCGAGAAUUGCAGACGAAGCAUAUAAUUUCAAGAUACAUCCCAACAAGUUUGGUGGGGGCGACGUGAGGAGCUCAGCGACGUCGACCCUGGCGAUGCCUGGCAAGGCUGAGAUAGGACCUCGCUCGAGACAGGACAACGCUAAGAGGGCAGCAAGCUGUGGUGUCCAGGCUAAGGCGAGGAAGCAGGUUGACGGGUGCGGGUCAGGGAGGAGGGAGGGGGGUGGGGGUGGGGGCUUUGCGGGUGUCGUCGGCACUGCUACGGAUCAGCUGGGCUUACAGGGGUGGUCGCGGUGGAGACAAGCAGAAGGGGUGAGGGGAGCAUGAGGCGGCAAGGCGGCCUGUGACAGCGCGUGCUGGCCGCGGGGGUGUAGUCAGACGGAUGGGGCGGGGUCGAUGGUUCGGCGGGAGGA